ACAAAUAUUACAACCAAUAGGAGCCCUCCCAGUGUGUUGCUACGUGGGUGGAAUUAAAUUUACCGACGUCUAUUAUGGAAGAUGUCUGUGUUUAAAGGAGCAAUGAUAACUGCGUCAAGGUCAAAAUUACUAAGCCUUGUGAGAGCACCUGCUCUCUUAAACAACCUCGGCGUUAGGCAGGAGCUCUACCGGCUUCCUGAAAGCUCCCAACCGCUUUUCAUAGUGGGGCAACGGUUUUUCAGCAGCGCCUCCGUCCGGAAGGAGAUGUCUGGGGAGUCGAGUCCAUCAGACGAUAAGGUGCGCCUCACAGAGUCAUGCGUGAAGAGGCUAUCAGAAAUCAUGGAGAAGGGUGAGUACUUAAGAAUACAAGUGGAGGGAGGAGGCUGCUCUGGAUUCCAGUACAAGUUUUCUGUAGAUUGCAACAAGAAUGAAGAGGACAGAGUAUUCGAGCAGGCGGGAGUGGGCAUCAUUGUUGACCAGGAGAGUCUGGAGUUCGUGAAGGGAUCCACUGUGGACUUCAGUCAGGAGCUGAUCCGCUCCACCUUUCAGGUGCUCAAGAACCCUCAGGCGGAUCAUGGCUGCUCCUGUGGCAGCUCCUUUUCUGUGAAAUUAUAGAAGAUGCUUCACUGAGAUUUGACAUUAAUGGGUACAUCUGUCUAGUUAUUUACUGUUGCAUUGCUGCAAGGCCUCAUGUUUGUGAAAGGGGUAGUACCAGUUUAUAAUACUACUGACAGAAAAUAAACUUUAACUUGAGCAAAACAGAAAUCAGCAUCCUUUACAUGGGGACAUUGUAAGUACACAAUCACCACUUGCAACUUAAAUGAUUUCACGUUCAUUUGCUUCAAAUGGGUUGAUUAAAGAGACUCAGUUCCACCGUUAAUUGUUGUGGGUAAUGACAUUAAGGUUCAACAGUUACAAGGAAUAUGUAUCUGUUGAAUUCUCCUUCACAGCUCGUAGCGUUCCAUUACCACAUUAUGUUACUUGGAUCUCAUCAGGUUUUUAUUGCAAAGUGUUUCAGAAAAGCAACACAGGUCAGGAUUAGGUGCAGACAAAUGAACAGAAAGUUGUCUGUAAUGGAAGGUGGAUUAUGCAGUUGAAUUUUAUCAGCUUUAAUAGUUGAUACUAAGAUGCAAACACUAUGUUCACCUAAUAAUCUAGUGAGUAAAGGCAUUGGUUUUUAUCUGAAUUGGUUCUGUUCCACAAGUAAUGCAGAACCUGGGGAAUAAUUUGCCAGCUUUUGUUUGUGUGAUUGUGAGAAGCGAAGUGAAUGAAAAACAGAUGUUUUAGUUAUUCAGUUUAUUUAAAGAUCCAUACAAGCAGCUGAUGGUUUCCAGCAAAACAAAAGUUCUUUUCAGUGUUUAGAUUUUCCUUUAUGUAAAUAAGUCAUAACUGCCAUAUGAUUGUAAAGGUUUAAUUUAUAAUGUUUUGAUCUGGAAUAAAUGAAGUGACUUGUUAAA